UUUAAUUAUUACGGCACACUUGAAGAUGUAAUCACUAUAUCUUAUACUGGUGCAUAUACAGUGUCAUUGUUUGAAUGUAAAUGGUAUAACACUAAUCCAUUAAGAAAGAAGACAAUCACUGAAAAUAAUAUAACUAGUAUAAAUACUCGUGGACAUUGGUAUCAAGAUGAACCGUACAUCCUUGCUAACCAGGCGAAGCAAGUUUUCUAUCUUGAAGAUCCACUCAGAGGUCGCGAUUGGAAGGUUGUUGAAGAUAUUAGCCAUCGACAAAUUUGGGACAUUACUGACAACGAAGAUGAGACUGAUGUAGAUGUUGUUAGUGAUUCUAACUCUGCCAAUUUUUUGUUGACGGUUGAUCUUGGAGAGUUGAUUAUGCAAUCGAAUGAACCUCCAGUAAUUGUUGAAUCGUCCGAUCAGUUAGUGGAUUCUGAGAUAGAGAAUAAUGAACUGGAUGAGAAUUAUGUUGCUGAAGAAGUAGAUGAUUUACUAGUUGAACAUGUAGAUGAUGAAAAUGUAAACUUAGUGAAUGAUGGAAAUGAUAGUGAUUCUUCAGUGUAACUUUUAUUUUGUAAACAUUUGUUACUAAAUUUUUUUACAAUUAAAGGAAUAUUUAAUUUCUUUCGUAUUAACAUUUUAAAUACUUAUAUUUCAAUUAUGUGUUUCACAUUUGUGAAUUCUUACAUUUUUUUCCGUCUUCAAAUAAAGUAAAAUGUCAGCUACGUUAGCGACAUACCACGGUGGGGAUGGUGAUGGCAGGGAUCCCCCUGAUCCUUCUAGGGUACCGUCGUCUUGCGAAGCAGUUCCACCUCCGGUCAGAAAGGGUCGUGGGGUUGCCGCAAACGCUAAUCUCGAAAAAAAAAGGAGAGAAGCUGGUAAGCCCUUACCGGUGGAGGUAGAUCUUGAAACCGGCAAAGUAGUUGGCACUGAAGCCAGCAAUUAUGUUCGAUUUCUUGGCCAACAAGUGAGCAUGUUGUGCCCGGGUGGUCAUCUAAAUUUUUCCGAUGUACCCCAACAAUACAAGGAUCAAGUGCUCAAUCGCGUCAGAGUGAGUGAUUUUUAAUUAUUAAAGGUUGUAAUAAUUUUAUGUCCUCAUUUAUAAAUUAACAUAAUUUUAAAUUAUUUUAUUACAUAGUACUACUUUGAUAUCGAUGGGAAUCCCCACCGAGACCUACUUAUGGGGACUUUAUAUUCGGUGAUGGCGGAGCGGUAUAGUGAGCGAAAGACGCUCAGACACAAGCAUUUCAAACAACAUUACAAAAAACCAGAAGAUUGGGACACAGUUCUCAAAUUCCCCCCUGACUACUUGAAUACCGAGACUUGGAAACCGGUUUGCGAAUUGUUCGUUAGCGAGGCAUUUUUGAAUCGUUCAACUAAAAAUAAAUCGAAUCGGCAACUAAUGAAAUAUCCAACAACGCAAGGCACAAAAUCGUUGGCGUCCAUACGCCACGGAAUGGGGGGUCCUCCUGGAGAGCAUGUAGUUGAAGCAUGGAAGGAGAUCCAUGUGAAAAAACCGUCUGGAAAUUUCGUUAAUGAAUUAGCUGCAAAAGAUUAUGAGGAACUGAUCAAGGAGCUUGAUAGGAAGCGACUUGAACGACAAUCCCAGAGCGAUACUGGGACUGAAUCUGAAUCUGAUACUGGUUAUCAGUUUGACGUAAUGGAAACAGUUCUAGGCCAAAGAUCUGACUAUCAAAGAGGCGUGGGUAAAAGGCUCAAGGGCAAAGGAAAGAAACCAAUCCCUCAAACUCAAUCAACGGUGCCUCCCCAACCAACUACUGAAAUGAUGAGCACCGUGGCAGAUAUAUUCUCAGCUAUGCGUGCCACUUGGGGGGGUAAUUUGACGCCUGAACAACGUGCCCAAAUAUUUAACCCACGCCUUGACAAUUUCGUUUAAACGUAUAGUCAAUCGCAGUCGCCUGGUGGUUCGUCUUCUCAGAGUCAUGCCGCUCCUCCGGAACAGCAACAACAACCUCCUACGCAACCACAAUUUCAGCCUUCCUCGCAACAACAAUUCCAAAAUUUGUCACAGCAGCAAUUUGAAAAUUUUUUGCAGCAGCAACCCCAAUCUUUUCCUCAGCAAUUUCCUCAGCAGCAACAACAGUCUGCUCCGCCAAUGGGAAAUCAGUUCUUAUACCGAACACCGUCAGAGUCUCCUCCGCUCGGCUCAAACUUUGCUGAUUUUGGAUUAUUUGGGAGUUCAUCGCAGGAGAACCAAUUUUUUUCAACUCCCAUUUUCAACCAAGCUGAGCUCGGUAAUUUGACGCUGGGUUUAUCAUCAGACCAAGCGUAUGUGCCUUCUCCGCCACGGGCUUCGGGGACUCGUACCGAAAAUAAUCCAGAUCAAGACUUCAUAAUUAGAGACUUGAAUGAAGAUGUUAAUGAAUAAUUUAUUUAUGUUUUGUAAUAAUUUAAUUUAAUUUUGAGACAAUAUUUUAUUAGGAUUAAUAUGUUAAAGUUA